AUGCCUCCAAAGAAGGGCCAGCGUAAGUCGAUGCCUGGGCGCAUAAAUAAAGCACCUACAUUGACACCUUCUCGACGUUCACCCCGGGUACCUCCCCCGUCAAAAACUACAAAUGAGAGCGUUCAGCCCACCAAAACGUUGAACCUUACAACCGCCCCUCCUCAAGAUAAUUCUAUCAACAUUCGUUUUUACACUCCAAAUCCACCUGUUCCAAGUCCUAAUUCACCUGGCACAUCUUCUGAAACACCAUCUUCACGUCGGCGGGCCUUUCAGUCUCGUCCAUCACGUCUUUCAACCGUUCAUACUCCAGCCCUAGAAGCCCCGGCCACCAACCCGGGUAGUCGACGGACAAGACGAACAGCUGCACUUGAAACACCCAAGCAAGCAGUUUCAGAUAUUGAUUUCCCAGAUAGCACUGGUAGCGCCAGCUUACCAUUUGACCAGUACAUGGGCAACUUUGAAUCUGAAGGAACAGACGACGGUCCCUCGAGCCCUACUAGUGCCUCCGACAUGCGGAACUCAUCCCGGGUUCGCAAGCCCACCAUGAGGGCCAUUGAAUCUUUUGAGUCGUGUAAGAAGAAACCUCGACGCAAGAAUAUGACUAUGUCCACCCCGACCGUAGAAACUCCUCCCCUAGCGGCCACUAAGGUUGUGAAGAACAAUGUUUCGAAGAAACCAAUGAACAAGACCAGAAAGUCGAAGAGAAUGUCCAAUUUGAAUAUGCGGAAGAAUGCUAUUUUGAUUGGUUUCGAUAUUGACGCGAAAGUGGCUGGCAAGAAGCUUGAAUACUUUCGUCGUCAAGACGAAGAAAAAUAUGGCGUCGACAUGCCCACGACCAAAACCACCUCGCCCAGUGAUAUCGAUGUCGAUGUCGAUAUGAUCACCCAGGAUCUCCCAGCGCCUGUAAUCGCUCCUUCCCCUCCCACUCCUCCAACUGCAGUCACCAACGGCUCAAGCAUCCUGAGCUACAAAAAGCAGUCUGACACCAAAGUCAGCAGCGAUGGUUGGGUACAGACUGGCUACGUCAAUUCCAGCGGCGAAGAGGUUUCUCUCAUUCCUGAAAAAUACCACCCUUACUAUCCGGCUCACACUUACGGCUACGAGGGUCUUCCUUUCCCCCCAGUGCGCGCCAGAACAAGCCAGCAAGCCGAGACCGAUUUCUCACACAGCUUUGCUCCACUCAUGGGAGACCGUAAUCUCCCAUCUGAGGCGACCGCCCCAUUCGUCACUGAAAACGUGGAGGAGGAAAAGGCCAGGGCUCUGGCUCGGGCCCCUGCACCAGUCCCUGCCACUAAGAAGCCCCGUGCCCGAAAGCGCCGUCAGACCACGGCCGCAGAUGCUGCCGAUCAGUCUGCUGCUGCUGCUGCUGCUGCUGCUCCUGUCACUACUGCCGCGACCGGCGGACGCAAGUCGCAGCGUCGCCGUCGCCAGACUGCUCCAGCCCCUGCUCCUACCGUCCUGUCCCCUACCUCUCCUACUUCUCCUCCGACCACUGCGACAAAGGUCCAGUCUUCGGGCCCGGCUGCCGCCGUCGCCACCGCUGCCACCGAAGGCGACAAGCCUAAGGUGCAGCGACUCCGGCUGACCUUGAAGCCGGAGCCCAAGACUGAGACCUCCGGGGAUGACUCUGUUUCCAAGCAGGCCCCCGCCGUGCAGUCCCCUUCCUCCCCCGCUCCCUCGCGUGCGCCGUCACCCGCACCGACCACCAAGCGCCGCCGCCGUCGUCGCGGCAUGUGA